AGUAUGCGUGUGUGCGUGUAUCGGUGCCGCCUAGGAACAUUCGGGCCGGCGCGGCUGGCAGUGCUCACAACAGUGCCCACUUUCUAACAUGGCAGAUCAAUUUGUGUUGUAUUAUCAUGUGACGGCGAAACGCUCCCGUUGAUAGGACCCGUAACCUCGUGUGAAGCGAUCCUAGUCCCCCCCGGUAAUCUCGCGAGUGUGGACGCGUCGGACGCGGUCGCGUUAAACGUCCGUCGCGAUGGCGGACCUCAAGAGCCCGCCGUUCAGUGACAUCAAGCGGCCCGAGGAGGUGGUGGCGAUGACGAUGAACGACAGCCUCAAGUUCGCCGUGCUGAUCGGUCUGCUCGAGGUGGAACAGAUGUCCAAUCGGGAGAUCCUCGACACCGUGCAACACCUGGUACGUAUAAUCGAGUCAAAAUGGAAUGCCGCUCCUCGGAUAUGACGUACGUGCCGCGAAACGUGAGUGUGGUCAGUGUGGUCAGACAGUUC